AGUGCUAUGUUAGUUUCUAAUCAAGUUCGCUUGGUGUCAUGCCUGACAGUGAUAUUUUCAACUUCUACUUCUAAUCUAUUCAACUGUCAAUCAAAAUAGGGAUUUGCUGUGUUUAUACAUCACAUGUUGUUUGUUGUCAACGUUUCUCUCCAUAGUUGCUGCAAGGUAAGUGUACUGACCAGUGUACUGCUAGAAGGUUUCGUCCUGCUUAGAACUCCAGGAAAUCUGCAUCAGGGAGCGUUGUUAUUCUCUCUCAAUCUCUCUCCAGGGGGAAGAGAAUUUACAGGUUCCAGUCCAUGCCUACCUCAUCACCGAUGAAUUGCACAUCCCAACACACAUCACCAUACCAUCUGUCCCACUGGGCCAAAAGUGUCAGCCAUGUGAUCCCUCUGAGCUGCAGCUGUGCCAUUGACUUUGAGUUCCAGGUGUACAUCAUCCAGCCACACAAGGCCUUCUCUGUCCAGCCCCUGUCAGGAGUGAUUCCAGCAAAUGGGAAGGUGUAGGUGACCGUCACGUUCAGGCCGUUCCAGUAUGACACGUCCCAGGUCACUCUACAGGUGGUCAUCUCCCAGUUCAACUCCAAACCCUACGUCUGCACCCUCAGCGGGUCCUCCUCGCCCCACCUGGCACUCAGUCAACAGGAGAAAGACAUGGGACAUGCAAAAUAAGUUUUGUUUGUUGACAGUCGAGGGCCUCCACCUGUCUCCUUGAUACAGCCUCUGACCAAAACCAAGCAGAGGUCAAUGCGGACACCUGAAAAGUCAAAGACUGUAAGGGAGAGAAGAGAGAGUGAUGUGAAGCUGAGCCUGAAGACAGCAGUUGAUGUGUCCGCCCCAGCUGGAGUGGUCAAGAUACUGAUACAACAGACUGAUAAACUGAGCUCUAAAGACCUGAGGGAAGUCAUGAUGGCCCAACCUCAGCUGGGCCUCCAGACAAGACAGAUGAAGGAGGCAUUCUUUGAGACCAGGGUUUGACAGGACAUCCAGGAGGAGGGAGCCAAUCAUCUCAGAUGGUUAGAAAAGGAGAGGUGAGGAAGGAGAGGGACUUUGCUACAGGCCAACCUAAGCUCUCUACCAGACGGGUCCUGCAUAACACAGGACAGGCACCGGUGGGCACGCCUUCCUUUCGCAUGUACUCCAGCAGUCAUCUGGAGAUCAGGCAAAGAGCUCUGAGGCUCUUCCAGCAGGCAGCCCGCAAGGUGGUGAUUCAAUGUCGUGUGAACAACAGACUGGUCUCGUUGAGGCAGCUGACUCAGAGCUUGAAGCGCCUGUCCACAGGAGUAAGAGUUGAGGAGGAGACUUUUCAUCCAGCGAAGAUCUCACCAGACAACGUGAUUCCUUUCACAUUCCCUAUCUUCUCUCUUCCUAACCAGUCUGAUGAACUGGCUCCCAAUGCAUUGGGUGCCGUCCCUGUUAGGCCUAUUGAGGCCCUGGUCAAACGACACACUCCAUUCUUCAAUCUGAAGGUUCCCCAGCAUUACAAGUUAAUGGGGUACCAGCUUGUUUCGGCCUUUGAGGCUGCAGUUAGCUACAUUCCCCCAACCCAGCCCGGGACUCUAUGCACUGGGGCACAGGAUGAACUGUCGCCCAGGGUGAUCCGUUCUCCCUCGGGGUGUGCAGUGGCCGAGCCAGAAGGCGAGGAGGAUGUGGAGCAGGAGGACGAGUGUCCCAGUCUGAGCUUCACGGCCCCCACCGCCCUGCUGAAGCCUCCCUACGCACACCCCUUCAGAAUCUUUAACCCAGCCCCCCGGUCUCCAUGCCUUCAAAGCGGACCCCCUGUACCUAGAGUGUGACCUGGAGUUCCACCUGUGUCCACUGCCUCGGUACACCAUCCCAAAGCCCUCUGUGUUCGGAAUGCACACCCCCAGCACUCAGAAGACAUUUGUAGACCGAACAGAUGUGAUCCGAGGCGUGAUGACCUGCUAGAAGUUCCCAGCGGCUGCCCUGGCCUCUCUGUCCAACAGUCCCACACUCACCAGUAGGUGGGCCCCGCGCAUGUCUGACCCCUUCAACAGUAACAUUCUGCCCACCAUGGCGCCCACAGCUCUGAAUGGCCUUCCAGAAGAUAUGACAGAGGAGCUACUGGAUGGACGGUCUGAAAGUACAGGAGUAUCUCUCACGCCUGAGAUGAUCCGAGCCGAGUUUCCCCUGCCAGAGAAUGUACCUUCCACUACCAGACAGCUGAAAGACGACAGCUCUAAAGAUGACAGCAGUUCCCUGUGUCCCUGUAAAACUCCCCAGAUGAUGCCUGUCAGUACAGCAAACACCUCCAGGGAAUCAAGAGAGCAGCAGCUGGAGAUGUUUCUGAAGUCUCAGACCAAAAGACUUGGUGCCAAGGUGAUGGCGCGACUCAACCACCUGAAUAUUGUGGUCAAGGCUUAUUCACCCUCUACACCAGAGAAUAAAUAGUGCUAUAUUUGGUAUGAGGCACUAAGGUUGAUGCAGGAAAUAUCAGAUUACAGUACCAACAUACAUUGACUGAUAUAUUUCCUAUAAUAUAUUUUACUGUCAAAUAUAUCAUUACUGUAGCUGCUAAGCGCUAUUGUACAGUUGCCACACCACUGAUGCUGUGCCCAUUGUCUUGCAUUUACGCUGGCCAAUUCAGCCAAGGACAUUUUCAUUUUAAACAGUCUUUAUGUACUUAAAAGUUCGGCUUCUUGUUUUAUUUAAAUAAUGACAGGCCUUUCUCGCAAAUAAAAUAAUUGAUAAAGGAAUGAUUCCA